UGUUGAGAGUGGGAUUUGAACCCACGCCCUUUCGGACCAGAACCUUAAUCUGGCGCCUUAGACCAACUCGGCCAUCCCAACACUGUCGGUACAAUGGCUUUCUGAAUCUUCUUGGCUGCUUCAACUCUUAUGGGUCUCUAUAUUGCCUAUGGCAAGAAUCCGAUACAUUCAUGGCUUCUUGGAGUGCUAUACUGCGCCAAUUUGAUUUACAAAACUACCCUUUUAAAGUCAUCUCUUUAUUCAAAGCCAUGCAAAGAGGGAAACCAAAUGACCCGGUUAGUGAUCCUUUUGUAUAUGCUUCUUUAAUAAAAGCUUGUAAUAAGGUGUUAGGAGCUAAUGAAGGGAAAUCUAUACAUUGUCAUGUUAUGAGGCUUGGAUUGCAUUGUAACGUCAAUAUUUUAAAUAGUUUGAUCUAUUUUUACAUGAGUUCCAAUAGGUUAAUGAGCUAUGCUUGUCAGUUGUUCAAUAAAAGUCCUGAGAGAACAAUUGUUACCGUCAAUUGUAUGGUUUCUGGAUUUUUGAAGAAUAAGAAGUUUGAUAAGGGUUUGUGCUUAUUCAAUGAAGUUCUUGUUGGCAAAUUUGGUCUGUGUUUGCAGCCAAAUUUUGUUACUUUGAUGGUUUUGAUUUCUGGGUGCGUUGAAAGUGGGAGAUUCAACAUCGGGACUUUGCUGCACUCUUAUUGUUGCAAAACAGGUUUAGAUUUGAUAACUGAGGUGUGUAAUACACUUAUUGAUUUCUAUUUUGAAUAUGGGCAUGCUGACAAUGCAGUAAAAUUGUUUAACGCAAUGGCUGAGAAGGACUUGGUUUCAUGGAAUACCAUGAUUGCAGGAUAUGCUAGGAGUAAUAAUUGUAGGAAAGCUUUAUCUUCUUUUAGAGAAAUGCGGUACAGGGAUAUAGAAUAUGAUACAAUAUCAUUUGUUAACUUGAUUUUGGCUUGUGCUUAUGGUGGAGACCUUGACAUAGGGAAGGCGGCUCAUGGGUAUAUAAUAACAAGUGGACAAGAGACACCAGUUUCUCUUGGGACUGUGCUUAUAAACAUGUAUUCCAGAUGUGGUUUGAUCGAGUUUGCAAGGAAAGUUUUUGAUGAGCUGCCGGAUAUGAAUAUUGCAUCAUGGAAUUCAAUGAUACACGGAUACGUUGAAAAUGGGCUUCACAGGGAUGCUUUGUGGCUCUUCAAUAAAAUGAAAUAUAGAAAGGUAAAGCCAGAUGAAGUAACGAUGCUCGGACUUAUCUCUGCUUGCCGGAAUUCUGGAGAACUGUCUCAUGGAACUGAUGUUCAUUCAUAUAUAGAGAGUAAUCAUAAUCUCAAUGGGAAUCAUGUUCUGCAAAAUGCUCUUAUUGACAUGUAUGCAAAAUGCGGGAACAUGGCUCGAGCUAAAUCUGUCUUUGAUAAUAUGUCCAGAAAGGAUGUAAUCUCAUGGACAUCAAUAAUAGUGGGUCAUGCCAUCAAUGGAGAGGGAGAAGAAGCCCUUUGUGCUUUUAGGCAAAUGUGUGAAGAGAAAGUUGAGCCUAACUCUGUUACAUUCAUUGGUGUACUGUUAGCAUGUGAUCACUCAGGUCUAGUUGAAGUAGGUCAAAACUUAUAUGAUACUAUGUGCAAGGUUUACAAUAUUGAGCCACAGAUUGAGCACUAUGGUUGCAUGGUUGACAUGUUUGCACGAGCAGGAAUGCUAGAGGAGGCCAAUGAGUUUGUAAGGAAAAUGUCACUAGAACCAAAUGCAGUUCUUCGGAGGAUGAUGAUUAAUGCUUGCAGAGUACAUGGUAUUGUUGCUCUGGGGUUAAGUUUGGUUAGUAGCCUAGGAAAAGCAAAGAAGUUGGAUAGUACUGAAGAUCAUGUUAUAUCUUCUAACAUUUUUGCCCAAGCAGGAAGAUGGGAUGAUGUUCUUUAUGAAAGGAGCAAAAUACUAGUUCUGAAAGCUUCAAAAAGUACAGGGAAAAGCUCUGUUUCAGAUUUAACAGAUUGAGUGUCAGGGGAUUACAACACAGGCAUUGAGUUCGGCUAUGUAUAUAUGAUGUUCUUCUCGGUAAAAUCCGAUGAAAAACCCUCUAAGACGCAGUGGAUAUCGGUGCAACCAUCAUACUCUUCGAAGUGGUAUACCUAUGUACACCUAAGCUGAAAUGAUGUUUUUGAAAGAUAUUCCUGAAUGGGAUUAGGAACUCGAUAGAGUCGUUGGGGACUUGGAACAUAAUACAACCCAAGCUGAAUCUUGGCAGUUGAAAUUUAAUCAAUGCAAAUCUGAUCGAUUGGUUGGCCACCACGAAGGAAUAUAGUAUGUUUAUUGCUGAAGAAACUAAUGCUCAGCUUUCAGGCUGGUAUUAACAGGUUUCCUCUGCCCAGUCGGUUCACUAUGUCCCCUCUCCGCUAACCAUUAAUGUACAUUGAAUUUUCAGGAAAAGAAAAAGAGAAAUUAUGAACUCUGGACAACCAAAUGAAUUUUCGUUCACAUG